UACCGUCCGGUUGACACGCACUUCAAUGUAAUUGUAUUUGUACCAUACUUUUUAAAUUACAAAUAAGCUAAAUUCAUUUUCUAAUAAUUUGUCUGUCAUCUUUUAUACUUUUUCUAACUAUUUUUCAUGAAAAACAACAAUUAAUUAUUGUUAUUACCGUAGAUUGAACGGCAAUUAUUAAUUUGUAAUUGGAUUAUGACUGAUUAUAGGAUAUGAUAAAUUUAUUACAUUAAAGUGUGUUCAAAGAAGUGCUAGAAUUUCAAAUGAAUAAUUGUUAAUGAAAACAAUUUAAAAUAGACAUUUUUUAAGUGAUAAAAGUUGCAAAGUUUUGUCGACUCUUACGCAGUUGCGGGCCGCAAGAGAGCGCAGUCGCUCGGACGACGUCGUACAAACUAGUCGUCUUCUCUCGUAUUCUCGUUGCUUCUCUUGUGACUGUUUCACGCGAUCAACGAUCGAAUGAUUGCAUUUAAAUUCAAUCAAUGAUAAUUAAUGGAAAAUAAUAAAUAAUAAUUAUUAUUAUAAUUACAAAAGACAGCAACUGUGUUGUGAAAAUUGUGAGUGAACAAAUAAGUAAACUACGACUAUUUAUAAAAUACAUUUUUUAAAUUAAAAAAAACUGUGAAUAAUCUGUGACAAAAUGAAGUGCUGGAAAAUGCCGGUAUUUGGUGUGUUCCUGAUUAUUCUCCAUGUUCUUGGAACUGUUCGCGGAAUCACGGUGGACGAGAAAAUGCGAGAGGAUACUGAUUUGUCUGAGUUUUAUAAUCUGCUAGAGCAUAACAUGGUGGCAAACUUCACACUUAUGUCUCGGCAUGUGACAGUCUUUGCUCCAACGAAUCGAGCAUUCCAAGAUAGUGAUCGAAAGAUUAAGGAUUCUUAUGUUCUUUAUCAUAUUGCAAAUCUUCCUCAAACUACUGAUGAACUGAAAGAAACAAUAUCAUCCGAGCAUGAAGGCAAUCCACCUUUGUGGGUCACAAAAGUAGGCACUCCGCCUAAUACUGAAAUUUACAUCAACAAUGCGAAAAUAUUGCCAGGCAGUAACUUCAAGACCAAGGUUUUCACUGCGCAAGGAGAAAAAACACAGGUUCUGCAUAAAAUAUCUGAGGUCCUUGAACCAAUAUUGCCAAAUUCACCAGAAUCAUUGGUUUCAUAUCCCAAUGCAUUUGAAUUUCUAAAUACCAGCGAUAGUUUGGACCUUGGUACUUAUAGAUUGCGGAUAUUCCGUCAACGAGUAAUGGAAAAUCAAAAGCAAGAUAUUUUUAAAGCUGAAGGUGGUUUUACAUUCUUUAUACCAGAAGAAGAAGGAUUUAAGGUAGAACGAUCAUCUAAAAUUGAUCACCAAGUAAUCGAUGGUCACGUGAUUCCAAACCAUGUUUUAUUCACUGCUCCAACUCCAAAUGAUGUACCUUACAGUACACUUGCCAACAAUGAUAAUUUUAAAGUUACCAUCAGUUUUAUUCGUGAUCCUGACGACCCAAAGAAAGUGUACGUAAAGUCCAACACACUCAUUGGUGAUUCAUCUCAUCCAACCGGGGUUGUUUUAGCGAAAAUAGUGAAACCAAAUAUUCCAGUGAAGAACGGGGUAGUUCAUAUCAUCCAACGACCUCUCAUGGUAGUAGACACUACAGUCAAACAAUUCCUCGAGUCCUUUAAGGGCAUCGAUGAUAAAAAAGGACCUGUUUACAAAUUUUAUCAAGCAAUGCGAGACUAUGGAGAUGAUUUUAUCGACGUCAUCACCCGGCACAAAGACAUCACAGUCUUUGCACCAAGCAACGCAGCAUGGGAUGAGGAAGGUGUUAAACAUAUCGUUCAAGAUAAAAAACGUUUUCGUGAGAUACUCAAUCUCCAUUACGUCCAAGAGAGACUACCUCUAGAUAGCAUUAAACAAAAGAGUAUUAGUGGGAUGCCACGUGAUGGAAAGGGAAUUUAUGGGGUAUCCACGGCAGCAGCAAAAAAAAGUUUAUACUUUAAUGUGGUCGAGAGAUCGAACGGCAGUCAAAUGGUUACAGUAGAAGGUGGAGGUGUAAAUGCAACUAUAAUUACCGCCAAUAUAGCGGCAACUAAUGGAAUCAUUCACAUUAUUGAUCGAGUACUUGGUAUUCCCUACACUACAGUACUAGACAAACUUCGAACUGAUCCGAUGCUCAAUGCAACAUAUUAUUUGGGGAAAUUGCCCGGCUUUAAUCAACAAUUGAAUGACACGACGAAACGUUUUACGUAUUUUGUGCCACGCAAUUCAGCAUGGGAGAAGGUGAAAACUCAGAUUCCAUCAGCCUACAAGAAGAUUUUCAUGCCUGAAUACAGUUAUUAUGCAAAUCAAGUUCUGGAGCGACAUUUAGUUAUUGACGGUCAAGCUUAUUCAAUGGCAGAACUGAAGAGAAUGUCAAUCAACAAUAAUUCUGUACUUCUAUUCCCUGUUCGGGACAAUUUAAAGCUCCGCAUUAGAGAGCAUAAUGGAAGUUACCAAAUUGAAUGGAUGGGAUCAUGGAUUCAAGUAUUCCGUCCAGACGUUGCUUGUACCAAUGGUAUUAUUCAUGUAAUUGACGAAGUGUUCAUUAUACCCGAAGACCUCACAGUGACUGGAAGUGCGUCAGUAAUGGCUAUUGCGCCUCAUAUAAUGACAAUUAUUAUUGCUAAGUGGUUUUUAUAGAUUCAUUAGAAAAGGUUUAUUUAAUGAGGUCUUAAAAUGACCCUAAAAACACUAUAACAAAUUAAAUACAGUUGAAAAUUUUUUUUUGUUCUUCGAUUUUUGGUUGUAAAACGAUUUUGAUAGAAUUUUUUUCGGAGGUAUCAAUAACAUAAUGAAAUCACUCAAAAGACCUGAGAAUUAUACAGAGGCUAGAAUUAAAUAAUUUGAUUAUUUAUUAAUCAUAAGAUCAAGUCUCUAACCGUAGGGGUAUGAAUAUCACUCUACAGUAUAGUAGUAAUUAAUUAAAAUAAAAGUUGUCAACAUUAGAUCAUUAUAAUUGUACCAAAUGAAUAUUUAUAAGAAUUCCUUAGGGGAUUGAAUAGGCUAAUGUAUUGAUAAUUAAUUUUUUUUAUUUAUAAAAGAAGCAAAUCUUAUUUUUAUGUUCUUUCUUGUUCAUAAAAUGAGAAAAUACUCAAUAGAAUUUCAUACUUGGUUUGUAACAACAAAAAGUUAGUAAGCCACAAACGAUUAAAAAAAAAGUUUAAUAGAUAAAUGGUAAAUAAAAGAAAAAUAAACAAAUGAGUAAUAUAAUUAAUAAGUAAAGUAAAAAAAUUCCAUGUUAUGUAUAAUAAAACGUACAUAUUAAUUACUUGAUAAUUGAUUAAAUAUUAAUAAAAUAAUGAAUAUAAUGUUUAUUCUAUACAUACUUAUAUCAAUGAACAUAACUGCCACGUGAGAAUGCUACAUUUGGAGAAAAAUUAGAGUGUGUAUCCGAUGUAUGGCUUCAAAAAAAAAAA